AUGCAGAUCUUUGCCGAAAGACUGGAGCCAGAAGUAAGUAGUAUCGGUAUGGAGUUAUUUUUACACAGGGGUCCAAAUUUACAAUUACAGCAUGAAUUAGAGAGUUUUUAAAUAAAUUUGAGAAAUUUCAGUUGUGGUGCAUUGUCAUUAAGCAUGUGACGAUAGUGGAGGAUACUGUAAUAUUGGCUAUGAUGAAUAAAUACUUUUAUAAGCUUGUAAAUAUGGAUUUUAAAAAGUUGUGUUAUGAUCAUUUAGUAUAUCGCCUUGAAGGCGAGACCUGGGCACAUGCUUUUCUAAAGUAAGUAUUUAGAACUGCUUUAAGUGAAAGCUAAUCUAGUGAAUUUAAAUUUUUUUUUAUUUUUUAAAUGUCAGAAAAUGGCAACUUUCAAUUAUGAAUUAAUGUACUGUAAGGUUUUCAAAAACUUGAUUAAUACAAUUUCAGACUUGGAGGUCGUUUAUUCAAUGUAAUUCCUUCUAACAAACGAUUCUAUGCAGAAAACACGGUUUGUUGCCCGUUUACAGGCAAAAUUGCAAUAAAACUUGAAGGCGGUUAUGUUGUACUGACCAAUAUUGAUUUUGCUCUUAAUGAGGUUAAGCUUCUUGACUUUACAUCAUACACAAAGGAAGUCACUCGUGUUAAUAUGAUAAAUCGAGGCAAAGAACUUCUCGUUCGUACUCAUUAUUUCAUACUGGUAUAUGACCUGCAUAGCAUGGAAGUAAAAGGAAAGUAUUGGCAAAAAGACAAAUUUGAAUUUCAAAUUGUACAGGACGGUACUAUUUUUGAUUAUUAUACGAAAAAAGAAUACAAAAUUGACGCAGUACACCCGAAUGGUACUAUAAACUACGUCAAUGCGUACGAUAACUCUAAAUACAUUGGAGUCCACACAAGGGAUAAUAAGCUUGUCAUAAUCAACACAGAGACAGAUGAAAGACACGAAGUUUGUAAAUGGACACUCAAAAUGGUUGUUGUUUACGUGAUUAAUGAAAACGAUUCUGUACUUAUCCAAGGUAGUUUUUAGUUUAUAUAGUGUGUAUAUAAAAAAAUUAAAUAGAAGACAACCUAUACCAAGGUUGUCUUCAAUUACGUGUUUUUUUUUAAUUUUUGAAUAGUCAAGUUUUUAAAAUUUACUAAUUUUAGAGGGCUUAGCAGGUCGGAUAUACAGUAUCAAACAGAAACAAUUUGUGUUUAAUUACUCAGACCACACUUGGUUUUUAAAUUCUAAUGCCUUUUUUGAUUCAAUCGGUUUGGUAAGAUGUUUAAAAAAUUUUAUAUUUAAAAAGGACUCAUUCUAGUCACCUUUUGAUUGGCCACCUUAGUUCCCGUAAAGUAAGACUAGGACUAUUUUAAACACGGUAACGGUCUCUCUAUACGGUCCGAUCUGAUUGUCUUUUCUUUCCAUGUUUUGAAAUAACCUUGAAAUAAGGAUAAAAUGUAUAAUAUAUCAAUAUAAUCUUUGUGUUAAUAUUUAGUUUACAUUCUACAACAAACAAUCAACUCAAUGGCAAACAGUUAAGAUAGAUCCGAGUCUUCGAUUGAGUUACAGAUAUCAGGUUUACUGCAGUGUAGGCUUUGUGCCAAUGCCAAACAACAAACUCAUGGAAUCUUAUAAAAAUAAUGUUUUAGAACGUAUUUAUUUGUGUUUUAAAAAAGGCAAGUUUUAAUUUAUUUUUUUCUUAUUUAUUAAAAAAAACAAGUUCACAUUAUUAAACCGUACUGAUUUGGGCUAAUUGAAUAAAACUUUUGAAUUCGUAAUAUAUUUAUAUCAUCACAAAAACUUAGCAUAUGACAUCCGACAGUGACAGUACUAACAAUACGUUCGUGGUAUAAAAUCGUUUUGUCUUACAUUUUGUUAGCAAUCUAGUAAAUUCAAUGUUAAUUUCAGACAGCGUCCGAGUAAAAACAUUCAGUACCAAACUAAAACAAUUAUCCCAGAAUGAACGGCGAUCAGACAUUACCUCCUACUAUCAUCCACUCUGUUUUUUGUCAAGAAUGAGGUAUUGGCCAGACAAAUCAAACGAUUUCUUGAAGCCGUUCAUUCAAAUGGAUAGUUUAACUCCUGUUGUAUCAGUAGUUGACGCCAGAACUGGGACCGCAAAAUAUCUGAGCUUUUAUAAAAGCAGCUGAGAUCUAUACCAAAAGUAAAGAACAAUUCAACGAUUAUGUUACAAUAUAUAUUACAAAUUGGUUCCAGGUUUAUUAAUCUUUCUAUCAAGCAAAUAAAAUGGUUUUACAAAAAAAAUUUAUAAAAUACAAACCGUCAAUUUGUACUUUAAUUUAAGUUUUAUUAUUUUUUGCGAUAAGCAGUAACGACAUAUUUAAUAGACGUAUAUAAAAUGCGUUUUUUAAUUGAUGUUUAUUCUUCUUAUUUUGAAGACAACAUUUAGAAAUCGAAAUUUAUAGUAAAAAUAUCCAUAAAAUGCGUCAUCUAUAAUUUAUGAGUCCCUUCCAAAAUUACAAAAUUUGAAUAAAAUUAGUACGAGAUGUUGAGUAAACAUUUCAAAAAACUCAUUUCGGUUGAAAUUCAUUCAUUGAUUUGGUGGUUGCGACAAUGGCGGCGCUUCCCUUAUUUCGGCUAGUCCAGGUGUUCCUCUUACUAACUCUUCUCUUCGCCAUUGUGUUCUUGGCCCCAAUCUGUACUCCGCUGGUCCCUUACGAGCCAUGCCCGGUUGAGAAUGAAGCCGUGAUGAAGUCGAUUGAUGUGUUUGGUCAAAAUGCAACGGUUGUUAACGUGAAUGAGAGCUUCGUACGACAACAACGUUCGUGUCUGAAAUUGACAUACGGCGAUCUGCUACAGGUGCCGGACAUCAGUAAGACGGAUGCCAGAAGUGUGGUUAUCACCUUCUUCGUGGUUAUGAUUGCUGCUACGACUGUGGACCUCUUCGGCGCAAUUUGCACACAAUGCGAGAAGAAGGUCGACUCCAAGCUUGAUGUGAGUUUGUAUUUUUGUUAUUAUAUGUCUUUCCAAUGCAUUUUAAGUCCAAAAGUUAUUAUUUGAAGUAUUUUUAGAUGCUAUUUUGACGUAAAUAAUUAUAGAUUUUAUUUUUCAGUUUUACAUCCGUGCCAUCACCAUCAUCUUGAGCUGCAUCGAGUUCCUUCAGCUGAUGUUGUGUCUCUUCAUCUACUUGAAAUGGACCGACUUGUGGGGUGUUGAGAAUGGCAUUAUCCCAGAAAUGCCUGUCAACAUCUAUGCCAUUACAGUAAGUUAAAAAAUUUAUGACAGAUACUGUAAUUUGUUUAAAAAUUAAAGAAAAAGUUCAAUUGACUUUUUUUUAUCAAAUCGAUUAAUUUAAUUUUUUUAUAUAAAAAAUGAAAUUUCGAGCAAAUUUUGUUACCUAAAUCAAAAAAAUAUUACUAAAAUGUCAUAGAUAUAAGCUAUUGUUCAUAUGUCAAAAAUGUCAGUGGUGGUGUGUAAUAUUGUUUUAGCUUCUGGUGCUGCUCAACUUCAUUCUCUCUUUUGUGGAUUCGUUUGUGUUCACUCCGAGAGUCGACAUGGUCAAGGUGGACAACUUGCGGGGUACCAAACGCAGCUACCAUUUGCCAGGCGGCGGCUACGAAACUCUGAACGAGUAG